UGAUAUAUAUUAUCAGUGUAAAAAACUAAUUGGCUUUAACUGUGAGCUCUAGACAGGAAAUUUGACUAGAUUAUUAUCAGAAUUUUACAUUGGCUGAAAUGUCACUACAAAAUAGUUACAUUUCCUCAUAGAAUAAGCCACAAUUAUUUUAAUAAAUAGAAUUAGGUUUUGUUAGAGUUACCUUAUCACAGAUAAUAAUAAUAUAUUAAGAGAAUGUGAAAAGUAAUAUAAAUAUAUAUCAAGACUCUAAUUAAAAUGGUUUGGUAUAAACAACAAUUAACUAUUGCGUUUGAGAAUGAGAGUUAUGAAGAGGAUAUGGAUGAACCCGAUCACUGUCAUGUUCAGAAACCUGUUUCAUUAAGUGUAAAACGUGCUAGACAAAAAUUAAUAAUUAGCAGUUGUUUAUGUCUUCUUUUCAUGCUUGCUGAAAUUAUUGGAGGAUAUUUUUCAAACAGUUUAGCCAUUAUGACUGAUGCUGCUCAUCUCUUAAGUGAUUUGGCUAGUUUUCUUAUUAGUCUAUUUGCGCUUUGGGUAGGACAGAAAGCACCUACUAAACGUAUGCCUUUUGGUUAUUACCGAGCAGAAAUUCUCGGAGCUGUUAUUAGUGUUUUAAUAAUUUGGGUGUUGACUGGAAUUCUUGUGUAUAUGGCAAUUGACAGAGUUCGUUAUCAAGAUUAUGAAAUUAAUACUGAUGUGAUGUUGAUAGUUGCUGGAUCUGGUAUUGCUAUGAAUAUUGUCAUGGGAAUUGUUCUCCAUGGCCCUUGUUGCGGUGCAACUCAUGCCCACACACACGGUUUGGGAAGUCGGGAUCAUGAACAUAGUGAGAGUUUAGAGAAAGGAAAUUCUCAAAAUAUAAAUAUUCGUGCUGCAUUCAUUCAUGUAAUGGGUGACUUGUUACAGAGUAUUGGAGUUAUGGUUGCUGCUUAUAUAAUACAUUUUAAACCUGAAUACAAAAUUGCAGAUCCCAUUUGUACCUUUUUAUUUUCUGCAUUAGUUAUGUUUACAACUCUUACUAUUAUGAGAGAUGCUUUACAUGUUCUUAUGGAAGGUUUUCCAAGAAAUUUGAAUUAUAUUUCGAUCAAAACUGAUUUACAAAAUUUGGAUGGAGUUAAAAUGGCCCACAGUCUACAUAUAUGGUCUUUGACUAUAGAUAGAAAUGCACUUGCUGUUCAUUUAGCCUGUGAUUCUGAUAUGGAUCCUCACAAGAUACUGAGAGAUGCUCAGAAUUUAGUAAGAAAGAAUUAUAAUAUAUAUACAACAACAAUUCAGAUUGAAAAAUUUAAUCCAAAUACUAUGUUAUCGUGCAAAAUGUGUCGAGGACCACCUUUAUAGUAAUUAGUAUCAAGUUUUAUUAUUUUGACAAUUAUCAACGUUUUUGCAUGUGAUAUCUGACCAAUUUAAACAAGAUAACUUUUUGUUGAGUAUAAAAUAUUUCAUUUACAUUAAACAAAGAAGGAAACUUUUAUAUGCCAGUCAUUAAUUACAUUUUCCAUUUAAUAAAGUUAUGCAUGAUAGUAAAUGCAUUACUUUAUGGCAAUCAAUUUAUAGUUACAAAUUAUUUUAUAUCUGUCUUCUGGGUCUCUUUUUAUAUUUCAACAUAUGUCUUUUCCAAGAAAGGGAAUACAGUUUUAUAUAUGACUAUCUUUUAGUGUACAAUGAAAAAUAUAUUUUUUAAUAGAGAUAUAUAUAUAUAAAAAUGACUCCUUAUUUUAAGGAGCUCAAUUAUAAAUUUAAUAUAUUUAACUUGGAAUUAAAAUUGUAAAUAUAUUUAGUUCAUUGUAAAUAUUUCCUUCUAAUUUGUACAUAUUGGAAAAAAUGCAGAAUUUCAAUCAUAAUAUUUAAAACAAUCUUCCCAUGAAAUAAAUAAAAAGAAAUGAAUAAUAAGAGAAUAUCUAUACUUAAUUUUAAAUGUAUUCUUUUUUCCAUGACAUUUUCUGGUCCCAAUCAAGGAGAAAUGACUUUUCAUAUAAUCAAAAUAUUUUGAAACUAAUCGUACAAAUGGAUAGAUUCUCAUUAUUUUGUAUAUUUUGCAGUGAAAUUUAUUCAUGCAGAAUUCCAGUGCUUUGUACAUUUGAUUAAAGUAUAUAUGUAUAUACAGGUAACCCCUGUAUGUUAUGUUAUGUUCUAAAAAAUUGCCAUGUUAUGCAAAUUGUGUUAUAUGAAACAAAGAACUAGUGCAAAAGGGGGAGUU